AUGCCAUGUCAUGUUGGCAGUUCUGAGUCCCAGGCUUUGGAUCCAGUUCCCAAGAAACAACGCACUGAGCAAACGGAAAAGUCCUUUGCAGAUACCAGUGAGACCCAAAGCUUUCGUCCUUUACGUCUACCUUGUUCAAUAAGAUUCUCUGAAUUGUUUAAAGAGCCUGGGAAUUUUCAUACCUCCACCCAGAUCCAGUCCACUGAUACUCCUGUCAAAUUAGCAGCUAAGGAACAAGAUAAAAACAUUGAGAGCCAGGGGGAAAAAAGUCAAAGUGUUGUUCCUGAGGACCAGCAGAAACAAGAUGUGCCACCACAAACAUAUAGCACAGAUGAUUAUGUUCUUCCUGCCAGCACUUCUGAAUUGGAGUCAGACUCCCUGGAGACCACACAAGAUUACCUCCAACUUUGGCCUAAGACAUCAGGCCCAAAUAAUAAGAGCAAAUAUGAAGUGAAAAGUUGGCCUUACAUUAGCCAGGACCCAGAAGACAGUUCUGAGCCCAGAGUGACUCAUUACUAUUCGUGUCACCCCGUGGAAGUAGGCCAGCAGGAACUAACUCCUGGGGAAGAAAAACAGGAAACUUCAAAUCCACAGGCUUCCCAGGACACUGCUGAAGAUCCAUCAGAAAAAAUCAUCUCUUACUUAUCUUCAGACCAGUCUGAAGCACAUGAGUAGUUGAACCAGCAGUAUUCUCAUGAGAAGCCUUGAGAAGGGCUCCUAGAGUCCCUUGGGCUUAUACUUACUUUUCUUUCCCAUAAAGCUGUUUUUGUAAUUGUUAGUUGAACACAACCUAUUUCUUUUAAGUUAUGCUGCAGUAUUAUCCUUAGUGUGCUAGUAUGUGACAGCAGCUAGGCCAUGGCAGGAGACCACUGUCCCAAUAUAUCCUGUCCAACUUUGCACACAGCUCUUCUACUGGGCAGGCUGUAGUGUGCUCAUGUUAGAAUGCCUUUUUUUCUGUCAAGAAGUAUUUCUAGAAUAGAUUGCA